UGGUGGUGUCGCUCUGGUGCCAUCCACUUCCUUCCUUCCUUCCUUCCUUCUUCCCAUCUCCAUCUGCAUCUCUCGCUCUCUCUCUCUCUCUGAAUCCACCGAACCCUUCUCGCAGAAGGAGGAGGAGAGCGAGAGGAAGAGAGAGAAACAUCACUUUCUUCGGCCGACGCGUGGAGGAGCAGUCAUGAGGCGAGGGAGAUGCGCAGCCGCCGCCGCCGCCGCCGCGAGGAGGGAGGCGGCCGACACAGCGUCGCCGCCGGUGCCGGUGCCGGCGCUGCACGCGGAACCCAGAUACAGGGGCGUCCGGCGGAAGUCGGUGGGCAGGUACACGGCCGAGAUCAGGGACCCCGGGACGAAGAGGCUCGUGCGGCUCGGCACUUUCGGCUCGCCGGAGGAAGCAGCGCGUGCUUUCGACGCGGCGGCCGUGGCGUUCCGCGGGGCUAAGGCCAGGACCAACUUCCCCGUCUCUCCGUCGAGCUUUUCUCCGGCCACCUGUCGCGAUCUACGAGCUCCGUUGGUUGAUCCCAGAACGUUCGGUAGGAGAGGCGCUCGAGAUCUUCGCGGCGAGUACCACGACGUCGGUCCGCAGAGACCGACCUCGAGCAGCCUAAGCAGCACCGUGGUGUCGUCCAGCGGCCCUCGACCAUCGCAGCCGGAGAUUGCGAGUUCUCCGCCGGCGACGGCGAAGCGACGGACUAGGACCCCGCCGCCGCCGCAGCCGCAGCCGCCGCCUGAGGAUUGUCGCAGCGGCUGCGGUUCCUCAUCCACGGUGAUUGAUGACGAGGGCGAGGAUUUCGCGUCUUCGUCGAGCAGAGAACCCUUGCCGUUCGAUCUCAACCUCCUCCCGCCGCCGGAGAUCGACGAUUUCCGGCUCACAUCUCUGUGCCUCUAAUGAGCAUGAAGACGAACCAACCCGUGUGAUUUCUUGCGCUCUUUUCUUCUUCUUCUUCUUCCUCUUUAUUACCAAGUUGAAUCAAUUAGCCUCUUCGAUCACCCCUCCCCCCCCACACCCAAAAAGAAGAAAAAGAGUACGCCCGAAGAAGCGUGUGGUGUAAUGAGAUGUCACAACCUUUUACAGUCUAGGGUGAUCAUUGUCGCCACGAUAUGUAUAAAUAGCACGAUGGUGAUUUGCAAUGUUCAUCAAUCUGAAGUCUGAUGUGAGGAGAAAUGGGGUUCUUUAGCUACUUCGACCCCAAGCUCACUGAAAUUGUGUUUGUACAUUUACCAGAUGCAGUAAUCACUAAAGAAAUGGAUUUUUGUGCCUC